AAAAAAAAGCUCUGGCGAUUGUAGAAGCGAUUUCGAAGACAGAGCAUCACCACACGAUUUCGAUCGUGAUGGUCACAAAUCUGGUCUCAGAUUUGGAAGUGAAACGGUGAGACAGAACACACACACACACAAACACAAUGGUUGCAAUGGCUAUGGUUGGUCAAUUGACUCUCUGUGUCCCCUCGCCGUCACCGAGAGUGAAGUCAGAAACUUGCAAUUCAAACUCCUCUCCAACCACCGUUAACUUACGCUUUGAGCUAUCCGCGUUUCGUCCUAGAUUUCUCCUCUUUCUGUAAAGAUCUGUAAGUGAGUGUUUAGGGAUUUAUUCUGUGUAAAAUGGACAUGGGGGAAGGGAAGGAAGUAGUUUCUCUUGAAACUCUGAGUAAGAAAAUGGAUGAUUUUGCAAAGGCUCGAGAUUGGGAGAAGUAUCACAGCCCAAGGAAUCUACUUUUAGCAAUGGAGCAAGUUGAGGAGACUUACAUUAUGGUCAAACCAGACGGCAUUCAACGAGGCCUUGUUGGAGAAAUCAGCUCUCGUUUUGAGAAGAUAGAGAAUACAUAAAAAGAGACAAUCUUGAUUAUGUGGUGAAUACAUAAAAAGAGAGAAGAGGAAGAUGAUUCAUAGCAGAAUUGAUAUCAAUUAUCAAGUGAUGAUAAACGUUUCCAGGUGAGAUCAAGUGUUUCUUGUGGUCAUACAGCUCCAAAGCUUUGACUAAGUUGUCCAAGAAGAAGAGAGUAUCAUCAUCAGCUAUCACAAACCAUCUUGUGUCUUUGUUGGCAAUGUUGAACGACUCAUGGAGUGAUUGAAAAAGGCGGAUCUGAGUCUUGAACUUUUGCGUUUGUGAUGGAUGAGUCUUUGUUAAUUAUGAAAGAAGGAGAUUGUUGAGGCCAAGGCAAGAGGUCACGACCAGGUGGUUUUUCUAGAAAGACAUGUCCUCUUGUUAUGUUUGAUCACAAGAUUCUUUCUACCCACUUCUGAAUGAAACAACACCCCAUGAAUCGACAAGAAAACGUCAACUCGUUGCGGAGUAAGUUAGGGUGCAUUUCUACAAGCUCUGAUUUAAAUUUUAGUUAUAUUUUUGAAAAACUCUAAAUUACUACUAUCAUGAUAUUCAUACUUUAGGAAUGAAGAUGCCUCAAUCACGUUUUAAAUUUGAAUUUACAUGUUU